AUGACUUUCAACAAGCUGGUCUCUUUCCAAUUGGACUAUGCUCCGCAAUAUCAUCUAUCGAAGUUCAUCUCAUCUCGUUCUGGUCUUCAAUUGAUUCAUAUUCAUAACCAGGCAUCUCCCUUGGUACAAGGAUACUUUGCAGUAGCCACAGAAUGCCCAACAGACUCCGGAGCACCCCAUACACUGGAACAUUUGAUUUUCAUGGGGUCCAAAAAGUAUCCAUACAAAGGCCUGCUAGACACAGCUGGAAACUUGUGUAUGUCAUCCACAAACGCUUGGACCGCCACUGAUCAAACCGUUUACACGCUAUCGUCGGCCGGAUGGCCUGGUUUUAAAAAACUGCUUCCCGUGUAUCUGGAUCAUGUCUUGCAUCCAACUUUGACAGAUCAGGCGUGCACGACUGAGGUAUACCAUGUGGAUCCACAGGACUUGCAAGAAAAAGGUGUGGUUUUUAGCGAAAUGGAGGGAAUCGAAUCACAAAGUUGGUUCAUUACUAUGCUCGAAAAACAGCGGAAAAUGUUUGAGGAAGGCAGCGGAUACCGCUCCGAAACUGGUGGUCUUACUGAGAAAUUAAGAGAACUGACCAACGAUGAAAUUCGCAAAUUUCACAAAGACAUGUAUUCACCCGAGAAUUUGUGUCUCAUUAUCGCUGGUAACGUUCCAGAAGAUGAGCUUUUGUCCAUUGUAACCGAGUUCGAUGCCGACUUACCCACUUUUAACGGUGUGCGCUCCAGACCAUUCUUGGACUCCAAAAAAUCUCAGAUUCCAGCCAAAAGAACCGAAACUAGUAUUUCUGAGAUCGAGUUUCCCGAAACUGACGAGUCUCAAGGUGAAAUCCUAAUGUCAUGGAUCGCAGAGCCUUAUUCGGAACAUCUCAAGGAUCUUGCAGUUUCUAUGCUGAUGGAUUAUUUCACCGAAACUGCACUCGCUCCAUUCAAUAGCCACCUUGUUGAAAUCGAUGAUCCUUUGGCAAAUUUGGCAGAAUACUGGACUGAUGAUUUCAUGCGCACUAUUGUGAACUUCAACUUUCAUGGUGUACCCGUCGAACGGAUGCACGAAGCCAAAGAAAAGAUCCUCGAAAUUCUUCGAAACCAUAAAAUUGACUUCGCACGCAUGAAACAAGUUGUAGAGAACGGGAAAUGGGAGUACGUUCUGAAUUGUGAAAAAAAUGGGCUCACAUUCUUAAGUCAAACUUGCAUAACUGACUUCAUUUACGGUGAUGACCGUGGUUCAAUUCUGGAGAACACUCUGAAAAAUCUGAACGAUUUCGAAACGCUUGCAGGAUGGUCUCAAGAACAAUGGCAGAUUUUGCUGAGAACAUUGUUUGUUGACAACAAGCCUGUUAUUGUUUUAGGAAAGCCAAGUGUUACUUUGUAUCAGCAGCUUGAAGAGCAGAAAAAAGCAAGAACUGAGAAGGCCGAAAAAGAUUUGGGAGAAGGAGGUCAACAUCAACUCAAGGUCAAAUUGGAAAACGCGGUGUCGCACAAUUCUAAAGAGAUUCCUGCCCAUUUAUUGCAAGAUUUUAAGAUAGCGGACGCGGAAAACAGCAUAUCAUUGAUAGAGACAGAUAGUUUUUCGACCGUCCCGUCUUUCCAGAAUGCGUCUUCGAAGGCCUGGGCAAAGAAGCUUUCGGAUCAGAUGCCAAAAAACUUCCCAUUUUCACUACAUUUCGAGCAAUUCCCUUCUCAAUUUAUCGAGUUGCGAGUUUUGCUCAAUACUGUCAAGGUUACUGAUGUCACUUUACUGCCUUUAUACCAUGUUCUCUGUGAAUUAUUUUCCAUGCCAAUGAAAACUGAGGAUGGUUCCAUGCUUGCGUUCGAGAAGGUCGUUUCCGAUCUGAAAGCGGAAACCAUCGAUUCUGAAAUCGAUUUGGGUUUGGCCGGUGCGUUCCCCGAUCUUCUUGAGUUCAAGAUAUCGGCUCAAGUUUCAAACUACGCCAAUGCUGUAAAGUGGAUCAAACACUGUCUUUUUGACAUGGUAUUUGAUGAGAAAAGAGUGAGAGUUCUCCUGGAAAAAUACUGGACGUCAAUAGUUGAACUCAAAAGAGAGGGCGACUUAAUGGUCGAUUCUCUCUUCAAUAGGCACUUUUACACUGAGAGAACCACCAAGAAAGCUACUGAUGCGUUAUAUGUUGAGGACUCUAUCGAAGAUGUAAUUGAUCAUAUUGACGAAGGGAAAUUCAGCGAAGAGAUCCUACCCAAGUUGAACGAUAUGCGCAAUGAGAUGGUCAAGGAUUUCACCUCCUAUCACGUACUUGUUUUGGGUGGGAUCGAAAAGAUCGAAGAUGUGUAUACGCCGUGGUUAGAGUUGGCAUCAAAAGGGACUCAAGGAAACCCUUCUGUUGUGGAAUACCCAGAGACUCCCCGCUUGUUGAGCUCGCUAUCCGUUCUGGGAAAAAAUCCAAAGGGCACUGCAUAUAUUGUUACCACCCCCGCCUCGGAGUCAUCAUACAUGACACUUGCCACAAGCUUGGGCAUAAACGUUGAUUACAAGCAUUCUGAUUAUGCCGCGAUAUGUCUUGCAGCUGAGUACCUGAGCUGUGUGGAAGGUCCGUUUUGGAAGGGAAUUCGCGGCUCUGGUUUUGCGUAUGGCGCUAACAUACUGAAGAUGAUAGAGUCAGAUGCCAUCGGAUUCUCCGUUUAUCGUGGUGCAGAUAUUAUAAACUGCUACCAGACUGCUCAUAAGAUUGUUGAGGAUUAUGCGUUUGGGAAUUGUGCAAUUGACUCCCAACUGUGUCAAGGGGCAAUAAGCAGCAUUAUUAAUGGGAUUGCGACAAGUGAGUCCGACUUCUUUUCUGCAGCCUUGAUGAAGUACGUGGACGACAUUUGUAGAAAGCGAGGGCCAAAUUUCAAUAAAGCGUUCCUGCGCAAACUUGGCGAAGUCAAGGUGGGAGAACUAAAGCAUGUCUUUUCCAAGUAUUUCCUACCUAUGUUCAGCUCAGAAACGGCAUCGAUGUUCGUCAGCUGCCAUCCUUCAAAGCUCGAGUCUGUCCAAAAGUUUAUGGAAGCCCAGGGUUACAAAGUGGCUGUCGAAGAACUUGACGAAGAAAGCGAGGAUACCAGUGGAUCUGAUACAGAAGAAUCAAGUGAGGAAGAAACCAAUUAA